AUGCCAAAUGUGCCGACAUCCGACCUCGGCGACGAGGUCGGCGGCGUGCUCGACGACGGCACCGUGUUUGGCGAGGGCAUGACCUAUGCGACAUCCAGCGAGCGUAUUCGCGCCGAGGCACAGAGACGCGCGGCGCUCCAGGCGUGGGACGACGAUAUCGUGUCGCCCGACUCGCUGCGCCUCAAAGUGCUCGACGACGACUCGGACGACGACGAGGUCGAGCUCGCGUCGCCAUCGCGGCGGCCGCGGCGCGCCGCUGUGCGAAAUGUGUCUGGGUACAAAGACAAGCUGAGCCUCUCGCGGCCGUCGGGCGCGCGACAGCAGCAGCAGCGCGGCGUGCCAAAGCCCAUGACCACGCCGGGCCCUGCGCGUGCGCCACGCACCAUUGCCGCGAUGCUGCGCCAAAAGCACGCGCAGCACCGCAAAGGACUCGACGACGAGGGGCUGCGGUGGGCCGAUCAGGUCGCAGCAGAGCCCAUCAAGGAAGAGAUUGCCAUGGCGCAGCGCCGCAUGAAUGCGGAGCACAUCGAGCCAGGCAGCAUUGAGCUUGCACUCGGCAGCGGAAAGCAGUCGGAUCAGCUGCUGCGCCUCUUGCAACGCGACUCGGCGGAGAACGAGAAGGAGACUAGGGCGCACUGUGCCCCGCUGCUGUGGACGGCGCCGCGGCGCACGUACCUUGAUGCGCGGCGCCCAGGCGCAAUGCGGCGCUUGUACGCGCUCGAGGGAGAUGGCAUGGCACAGUAUAUGCAGGCGCACGUCGAGCGGACGCCGCCUUCGCUCGCGGUCGACCUCGUCGCAUGGCUCGUGCACUGGAUCCUCGCAGGCGACACGGACGUCGCCGAGGCCGCACGCACGUCGCUGCUGAGCGUCGCGUCGCGGCCCCGUGUCCAGGACGCGUUUUGGGCGUCGAUCAAAAGGGCGAUGCUGUGCCUCGGUGCGGAUCCUCUUCUGCUUGGGCACGACGACGACGUCGAACUGGGCCCUGCGCCGGCCGCACGCGCCGCAAAAGAAGAGGGUAUCGCGCGCCUGUGGCGCACCGUCAUCGCGAUGCCGCCGCUGUCCGUGCCGAGCUCGGGACGCAAGGAUAAAGAUACCCUAUUCUCCUACCUGGUCCUGUAUGCCGCGACGCAGCCCCCGUCGUGUGCCGCCGACGCGUUCCUCUCGCGCGUGCCGGUGGGCCGUGGCGCGGUGGACGCGCUGUGUGCGAUCGGCACGCGCCUCAACCGUGCGCACCAGCGCCAGCUCGUCGCCGCGCUGCCCGGUGCGGGCGAUGUGCGCCGCUGCCGCACGGCGCUCGCGUUCCGCCUGCUAUGUACCCCCACCUCGAUACCACCCGUGCUGGAGCUCACGGCGCUCUGCACUACGCUUGCCGACGCCUCCGAGCGGCGGUACGACGAGCUGCGUGCGACGCUCGACAUCCUCUCCUAUGCACUGGAUAUCGCCCCUCCCCUCGAGCAAGGCGAUCUCGAGGCCUACUCGAUGCUCCUGCCUGCCCUUGCGGCGCUUGACCAGAGUAUUCACGAUCACCGUGGUUCAUUUACGGAGCGCAGUGCCUGCGGGCGUCCUGGACGAUGCUUUUAA